GCGCGAUGGAUUUGGCCCUUUCCGCCAUUUUGUUCGUGGCACGGUGAGUUCUUCCUCAGGAAGAAGCAAAGAAAAUCACCAUGAGUUUGGUCAUACCCGAGAAAUUCCAGCACAUUUUGCGUGUGAUGAACACCAACAUCGACGGGCGUCGGAAAAUCAUGUUUGCUUUGACAUCGAUCAAGGGUGUUGGGCGCAGGUAUUCCAACAUUGUUUGCAAGAAGGCAGACAUCGACCUGUCAAAGCGUGCUGGUGAGCUGAGUGACGAGGAAGUGGAGCGUCUCAUCACCAUCAUGCAGAACCCUCGCCAGUACAAGAUACCCGACUGGUUCCUCAACAGGCAAAAGGAUGUCAAGGAUGGCAAGUACAGUCAGGUGAUGGCCAAUUCACUGGACAACAAGCUGCGUGAGGAUCUGGAGCGUCUGAAGAAGAUCCGUGCCCAUCGCGGCCUGCGCCACUACUGGGGCCUGCGUGUGCGUGGUCAGCACACCAAGACGACCGGCCGAAGGGGUCGCACCGUGGGUGUGUCCAAGAAGAAGUAGAAUGUUGUUCAACCCAUGAGGAGCAGCAAAUAAAUGUGUUAAAAGAUGGAGAA